UUCAUUCAGAGGUCAUGCGUUCAUAAAGUAGGAACAGCUCUUGGUUGACUCCUGAUUCUGCAUGAAAGCAGGUGAAAAUGUUAGAUUUGUGCACAUCUCUGCUCAUCCUGGCCUUCGCCUCUGCAUCCCUGGCUGAUGUUGGGGACUUCACCCCGUGUUUGCAAUUCUUCUACAGAUCCUGGCCCCCCAAAGGCCUGGCCGGGACACCGAUCUGCCAGCGUUACAGCAACAUUUACUACUUUGCCACGUUAUACAGUCGACCUCACCGCUCGCCGUGGUUCUCAGCUUAUUUGUACACAGUACCAACUGGGAAAAGACCCAAAGCUUCCUGGAAAUAUGAGCCGCAGUUAGCCUACCCUGCAGCUGAUGGCAACAUGAUGCCGUUCUUUCCGGGACAAGUAGACCAUACUGUUUUGGAGAGCCAGGCGGUGGAGUUAGACUACAUUAACUCUACCUAUUCCCGUGGCCACCUAAACCCUAGUCUUCAUCACCAGACCUACCAGUCCCGGUCUUCCACAUUCACCCUCACCAAUGUGGUGCCUCAAAAGAAAUGGUCUAAUGAUGGACCCUGGGAAAACCUAGAGCAGACCGUCAACGAGACCUUGGCAGCCUACUGUCUUGGAGAAGCCUACAUAGUGACGGGAAUCAUUCCCUACCAGAAAGACGAGCGUUGGAUCAAGAAUCGUGUAGCAGUGCCAGAGUACCUAUGGUCGGCAUACUGCUGCCCAAGCUUCAACCACAGUAUUCCUGAAAGACUAAAAGACGCCUUUCCCACUUUUGCUGCUAUCGGACGCAAUGACCCCAACAGCACUGAAGAGAUUGUUCCAAUAGAUAAGACAGUUAAGAAACAGUUUAUGGGAUAUGAUGUGAGACAGAUGUCUUUAAACUCACUUGAGAUGUACCUGAAAGACAGAUUUAACACUGUCAUCAGUGUUUUUAAAGACCAAUGUACCUAAUCAGAGGACACGCUAAUGGAAAUAUGUUGAUCUAAAUUUAAUUUAUUUCAAGAGUUAACACUGAUAAAGUGUUGGUCAUCAUCAAGCCAACACAAAAAGGAAAUACAUACAUGUUGAUUAUAAUUGAGAAAGGCACUUGCAUCCUGGGAAGGCUGCAAGUUCCCCUGUUGGAAUCCCAACAAGAGAUUGUUUCCUUAAAUGCAUAAGACAAUUUUAAUUGUAAUGUAUGCUGCAUUGACAAAUUAAAUGACAAUGAUGAUUAUUGUUAUUAUUAUAAAAUGUAAUUACCUCAUCUGACUGAAUGAGUCUAUAAAAAAAAGCUUUUGACUAAACAAGAGGUAGCAACUGUCCAGCUAGCUGUUAGCUUAUUUUAACUUAGCUAGACUUUGUUCACUCAUUUUGGAUUUGAAAUCUAAUGGAAAGCUAAUCAACUAAUUUCUUCAAUUUCACACCAGUCAUUUAACAUUUUAACUUUAUAUUUCGACUGAUGUAUUCUUUCAAAUAUUACACUCCACUAUUAUAUGUGCUUAUCAUGUGAAAAAAAAUAAUGAUGGAAUCUCAGUGAAGAAAAUACAGAGAUUCAGAGAAAAUGGAAAUGGGACAAUUUAUACACCUUGAGAGAACAGUCAGAUUUGGACAUUUGUGCUCAUCCUACACACCAUGUAUGGGGGAUGGUAAGGUUCUGGAGCAUUACCGUGGCAUCAUGUGUGUUAUGUUAGAAUGGGCCUUUUGUGGUUAACUGUGUUUAAAGCUAUAUUAGUCAUUUACUUGUUAUGAACUGUGCCUGAAUUAAUAUCAGAUAUAUAUGAAAUUGUUAUUAAAUGUCUUUGAAUUGAUAUUAAACAUAUACUGGUUA